CAGUCCACAUAAAUAAAUCACAAUGUUUGGACGAACGUCCGUCCGUUCUCUAUUGAGAUUUCUAAAUGUCUCCCAAAAACAACUUACGAAAAAUGCUCACUGCCGACGCUUUUGUUCUUCAGCAAGCUAUAAUCCAGAUGAAGUCAGCGCAGGGAAGCCAAGUAGCCCCACUGGCAUCUCAACAGCAGAACUGGCUGAGCAGAAGCAGGCAGAGCUCAUCAGUGGUUUCAGGAAUGUCAUGAGGACUGUUCCAUCUCCAGUGGUUGUAGUAACGGCAGCCCAGUAUGUUGACUCAGAGUGUUGCAUCAAGCGUGGCGUUACCUGUAGCUCCUUCGCCAGUGUCUCCAUGCAGCCACCUGUUAUAUCAUUCUGCAUCACCAGACCAAGUCGAAUGCAUUCCCUCCUAAAGGACACGAGGCACUUUGCUGUCAAUGUACUCGCUGGAGAUCAGGUUCAUUAUGGGGUCCAUUUCUCCAAGCCAGCCAGGAAUGGUGAAGACCAGUUCAGUGCGGUGCCUCACAAACUGGGCUUCUCAGGCGUACCGCUCAUUGAGGGUACAGCAGCCGUGCUGCAGUGCCAGGCCCACGAUACCCACCUGAUAGGUGAUCAUCAUGUGUGGUACGGGGAGGUGCUGGAAACCAGUAUGGACACGGGUACCGAUGGACGACAGCCGCUGCUAUACUUUGCCAGCUCGUUCCGGUCGGUUGGCGACGAAGCUUUCAUGCAAGCAUUUGAAGACACCACGUUACUCUUUGAUGACUGGUCGCACGAGGCGCACCUACGCAUGGCCUGGAAUUACAUCAGGAUACAUGGCAAAGAGAACGCUAUACCUGUAAUAAGGAAUGGCAUCAAGAAGUACAACACACAACACAAAGACAAGGUGAAACGAGGCUACCAUGAAACGGUGACCAUGUUCUUUACCCAUGUCAUAGCCGAUGCCAUAAAUCAGUGUGAGAAUGUAGACAUGACGUUUGAGGAGUUUUUGAGUCAGAACAGCCAUCUGACGGACUCCAAUCUCAUCUCUCAGUACUACUCAAAGCAACUCAUCAGCUCACCAGCAGCAAGACUCAGGUUUGAGCCUCCAGAUCUUCAGGACCUACCAGGAUUCAGCAGAUGACCCCGAACGUACAAUGUACCUCCCCAUCCCGUAAAAAAUGUGAAAAGUCAAGGUACAAAUUAGAUAUUUCUUGACAAGGUGCAAUGUAAAUUCCUUCCCAAUGUUAUUUGUCAAAAAGGGUAUGUACCUUACAGAGGACCAAAUGAAUUUCCCAGUGGUCAAAGCAAGUUAAUGAAGUUGAAAAA